AGAAAUGUGGUUUUGUGUACAUUCGCAUAAUUGCUUUCUUGGAUCAUUAGGCUUAAAAUUUCAUUACAUCCUUGUAACUGAACUUUGGCUUUUGCUGUGGAAUAAGUUCAGGGGAAUCAUCUAAAUUUCUUUUCAUGACUGCUCAAGAAGUUAUCUUAGGGCCAGGGAUUUAGCUCAGUGGCAUAAGCAUUGUCUGGCAAGCCUCAGAUUGUGAGUUUGAUCCCUGGUACCAAAAAAAAAAGUUAUCUUAGGCGUGGUGAUGUAUGUCUGUAAUUCUAGUACCUUGGGAGCUGAAGCAGAAUUGCAAGUUCAAACCCAACUGGAGCAACUUAGUGAUUUACCAAAGGCCUUUUUCGAAAUAAAAGGGGAGGGGUUAGACAUGUAUUUCAAUGUAAAGGCUGUGGAUUCAAUAUCCAGUGCUGCCAGUAAAUAAAUAAAUAAGGAGUGGACAGACCUUCAUAGUAACAGCUGGUUUUGUGUUUGCUUGUUUUGUUUUGUUUUGUUUUGCCAUGUAUCUGAAGCUGGUUUUGAACUCACUGUGUAGUCCAGGCUGGCCUGGAACUCAGAGCAGUCCUCCUGCCUCUGCCUCCCAAGUGCUGGGAUUACAGGUGUGCAUCAGUUAUUCUGAUGUCUGUUUAUUUCCUUGUCUUUGGUCUUUCAUUUCGCAUUUAACUGUUUGGAUGUUUGAAUAUCCAUAAAUUUGUAUUUUUGGUUAUUUAUGAUAGAGCACAGUAGUCGUCACUCCCCCUAAUGGGUAGGUUCCUGCAGGCUUACAUAACCUCAGGAGAAUUUUUACAGGCCUUUAUGACUUACUAGCUAGGUUAAGUUACUGUCAAAUUGUAAACAAAUCGCUAUUAGGUGGAAUGGAUUAAAAGGUAGCCAUAAUGAAUCUAAGGUUAAUCCUUUUCAUUUUUUUGUUUUCUUAGAUUCUGUUCCUCCAGUUUCUACCCUAGGAGAGGAAAGAUCUAGACCAGGUGUCAGAAAAUGCAGAUUCUUGUUCUGUGCCCUCCCAGCUGUGGGACCUGGAAGAAGUCUAACUCUGGGUUCCUCUGUUUUACAUAUCUGCAGUGGGGACAGUAAUCUCUGCUUGUUAUAUGAGGAAUACUGUGGGAGGCGAGGGAAAACUUUCUUUCUUUUUUUUUUUGUCUUUUUCCUUUUUAUCGGUACCGGGGAUCGAACUCACGACUGCCUGCUUUCAAGGCAGGCGCUUAUGCCGCUGAGCUAAAUCCCCAGCCCCGGAAAACUUUCAAAUCCCUGUUUAAAUUGUUUCUGUACUAAGGAUCCUUUCUUGGGUUUUACACAUUUCCUUUCCAUGGAGCUCCUCUAUGAAGUCCUCCAGUUUCCUGUUUGGAUUUCUUUCCCUCCUGGUGGCCCUGCCUGUCUACUCUUCGGAUUCCCUUCUGUAUUUACAGUGUUGCACGGUGCCUGGCUUUGUGGAUUGGGAGCUCUGUGGGUCAGGGAUCACUGUUACCCUGUUUCUGUGCAUCAGGGUCACACGCAGGCUCACCUCUUUCCCCUGCCCCUGCCGUCGUUGACCUAAAAUAAGUAUGGGCUAAAUGAGUAUUUUCAUUGUCAGCAGAGAAUGCUUUGGGUGACAGGAAAAUGCCACAGAUGAACCUCUUACCAGGGCUUUUGGAUGACUGGACUUUAAAUUGCUCAGUUACUAAUGUACUGUUAACAGUAAUUGAAUCAGAUGCUGGUCAGACAAAUUGGUAAAACUCAUUUCUUGAUUCUGUUUACUUUAGAUAACGUUUGUGAAGCAAGUCAGAGCAAUGACAGCUCUAAAUUUGACAUUUGUUACAUUUCUCCCUCUGUAGUGUGCAGAGACCUCUGUAUGCAGCAACUGAGUGUAAAGACUUAAAAAGUGCCCGCACGUCUUGUGCUCCAUGUUUUAGCUAGUUUGGUUUAAAGACUUUGCAAGGUGGAGAAAUAGAUGCUCCAGGCUCUGAUUUCAGCCAUGCUGUGCUAUGCAAAUGUUCCCUCUAUGCCUGAGUGACCUUUUGAGAAAGAGCCUUUUGUGAUCCUCUGUAGCUGGUGCUUGUGCUGAGGAUUGUAUGCCAGAUUCCUCUAAAAGUGGGAAAAGUGGAUCUGUUCAAAGACCACAUAAAAAGCCGGUGCUUUUCCAAAAUGAAUGCUGACUGGUCUGUGUUUCUUACUGUCUCUUGCCAGCACUUUUGAAAUUUGCUCUCAGUUUGCUUUUCAGGUUGAUGUAGGGAUGAAGUGUGCGAGGGAACUGACAAGGCAAUUCAGGAGCCGGAAAAGUGUUUGUUUAAGUGCUCUUGAAUUGUAGAUAAAAAUAAAUCCAAGCUGGCAUCAUUAGUGUAUGGGUGUUUAUCAGUGUCCUAAGCUGGGUUUCUGCCUGAGCACUGACUGAUUGCUCAAAACCAUACCUAGAAAAUUCUUUUUGCUCCAAAUUGUGCCCUUACAGUUUGUCAUUUAGAUUGUUUUCUAUUUGCUUUGACUGUUGCACAAAGAUAAAUACCUCAUUAUUAAAAGUAUAAUUAGCUUUUAAUAUUCUGAAAUACUACUUUAAUGCAUUUCUUUUGGAAAAUGGUAGUGGUGUCUUGGGAAAUUUAUGAUUUUGAAGGCUUUCACUGAGAGCUCUGAAAGUGCUUAUGAAAAGGAGUUUUUCUUUCUGUUCUUCUCUCUUUCAUCGUACUUGGGAUUGAAUCCAGAGCCUUGGCCCUGAGCUGGAUCCCCCCCCCCUUUAAUUUUGACACAGGGGCUUGGUAAGUCACUAAGAUGAGCUCCAACUUGCAGUCCUCCUGUCUCAGCCUUCCAAAGUGCUGGUAUUACAGGAGUGUGCCACCAUGCCUGGCUUUUGUUCUCUUAAAUGACUCCCUUGUUAAAGAUUGUCAUAAGUUUAUGUCAAUAACUAGGCCACAUGGCCCAUACCUGUGGCCCUAGCACUCAGGAGACAGGCAGAAGGGUUGCUGCAAAUUCAAGGCUAGCUUGGGCUGUUACAUAGUGAGUUCAAGGCCAGCCUAGUGUAAGACCCUAUCUCAAAAAAAAAAAGUUUAUACCAGUGUAAGACUAUAGAGUUAAUCUUAUCAAACUGGCUUUUCAGAAAAGAGAAACCUUGAGUCACUGGUUUACCUCCUAGGCUCUCUCCUCCUUCUCCAAAUGCAGCAUGGUUCCCUCUGCGCUCUCAACGCGCUAUGGCAUUCAGGAUAGGGUUUGUGUCUAUGGAAUGGGACGCUUCCUUCCCGAUCUUUGCCCAGCCUGCCCCAUAGGAGAUUUUAGUUGAAUAAACAAAAGUAGUUUUUCCUGCACUUGGGCUGCUCCGUUGCGUGGGAGGCUUUCCUUCUUUCUGUUCCUAGUUACAUAUGCCAUCCUAUGUCUGUUUUUCUCCCCCGAAGAUUCCCUGGACCUGGGCUCCCCGAGACGCUGCAUUGGGACAGAUGGAUAAUGGAGACUGGGGCUGUAUGAUGACUGACCCAGUCACGCUGAAUGUAGGUGGACACUUGUACACGACGUCUCUGACCACACUGACGCGAUACCCAGACUCUAUGCUCGGAGCCAUGUUUGGCGGGGACUUCCCCACGGCGCGAGACCCGCAGGGCAAUUACUUCAUUGACCGCGAUGGACCUCUUUUCCGAUAUGUCCUUAACUUCCUAAGAACUUCAGAGCUGACCUUACCCUUGGAUUUUAAGGAAUUCGAUCUGCUGCGGAAGGAAGCAGACUUUUACCAGAUUGAGCCCCUGAUUCAGUGUCUCAACGACCCCAAGCCUUUGUAUCCUAUGGAUACUUUCGAGGAGGUCGUGGAGCUCUCUAGUACUCGAAAGCUUUCUAAGUACUCCAACCCAGUGGCUGUCAUCAUAACCCAGCUAACCAUCACCACCAAGGUCCACUCCUUACUAGAAGGCAUCUCCAAUUAUUUCACCAAGUGGAACAAGCACAUGAUGGACACCAGAGACUGCCAGGUGUCCUUUACAUUUGGACCUUGUGAUUAUCACCAGGAGGUCUCCCUCCGGGUCCACCUGAUGGAGUACAUCACGAAACAGGGCUUCACAAUCCGCAACACUCGUGUGCAUCACAUGAGCGAGCGGGCCAACGAGAACACAGUAGAGCACAACUGGACUUUCUGCAGGCUGGCACGGAAGACGGAUGACUGAGGGCUGCCGAGGCCGUGCCGGAGCCCUCUCCCGGCCUGGGAGAGACUGGGCUCUGUGUUCCCAUCGUCGUGGGGGCUCUUAUUUUUAAUAUUUGUAUUUAUUGGAGAGCAUUGAGGACAAGAAGGGAGUUUCGUGCUUUAGCAGACUCCUCCAUGUCUCGUUCCAUGUGCCCCGAGUAUGCAUGUGCCUGCCAGCCUCCAGAUACCUUUUUUAUAAAAAGAAGUCUGAAGAUCAUUAUGGUAUAUAAUCUCCCCUUAACAGAGCUUUUCCUUAAUUACAGUGCUAAAUGAUUUCUGAAAAAUGGUUCCUAACUUAACUAGUAAUACAGGAAUGAAGGAAUAAGCAGUGUUUGUGAUGCCUCUGAGAAAAAUCAAAAUAUCAUGUAGGGUGACCUUGUUUCCAAACCAGUAAGCAGUCUUGUAAUGUUAAAGGAAAACUGUUCUGAUCAUUUAAAGGUACUUGUUAAGUACUGCUUUUUACAGUUAUGACAACUGUUUCUUUCUAUGCAUAUAAAUCAAGCAACCAAAUACCUGUAGCCAUGGAAAUGUCUGACUAGAAAUAUUUAUAUUGGAUUCUGAAUACAAAAUACCCCUGUGGUAGAAAUCUUACUUCUUAUGCCUGGUGCAGUGUAAUUCUCAAGUGAACUGUCCACCAGGAAAAAGAAAACCUAAUAAAAAAUGAAAUACGAAAA